AUGGGUAAGUUAGAGACUGAGCUGAACCAAUUGAAUAUAGAUAAGUUAGGAACUGAGCUGAGCCAUUUGAAUAUAGAUAAGUACAAGACAGAGCUGAGCCAAUUGUAUAUUUGGUUGAAGCUUCCAGAAAAGUUCAUCGUGGAUCAGAUUGGUUGUGAUGUCACGCUACGUUCGUUCAUUCAGUGGCAAAGAAUGCACGCCUGGAUGGGUUUGAAGCUUUCAGAAGAGUUCAUCAUGGAAAAUGUCAGGCUACGAGGACUGGCACCAGUUUUGGAGGACAACGUAGGAACCGGACCGCAUUCAACAUUCUGCCUUUGUCGAAUGGACGAAGGCAUUCAACAUUCUACCUUUGUCGAAUGGACGAAGGCAUUCAAUAUUCAACGUUCUACCUUUGUCGAAUGGACGAAGAAUGCUGAGAGGUGGGCAGUGGUGGGCGUCAGCACGUUUCAGAUGGUGGUCUCAUGA